AAGGGAUCUGACUUGGGCGAGGGGAUUCCGACCUUGGGUAGGAGUCUCUGGACCUGGAGUGAGGGAUUCGGAUGGAGGGGUCAGGAAUUCGGACCGGGAUGAAGGGCCACGACCUUGUUUGAGGGUCUCUGGACAGGAGUUGAGGAGGGCUACCCGUCUCCAUCGGAGGACUGGGAACUUUGUGCUGAUGCUAGAGGCCCCACCCCUGCUGUUGGCAGCCUUCUCAGCAGGCCUGGUGCUGCUGGCCCUUCUGCUCUUCCUGCGACACCGUGGCUGGAUUCACCGUGGCUGGAUUUUUGUUGGCUGGAAUGAGUUGAUCCUGCUGCCCAUCUACAACCUGCUCAUGGGGGACAACAAGGAGCAGCGCAUCCUGCACUAUGUGCUGCAGCAUGCGGUGGCUGGGGACCCGCAGAGCGUGCUGGAGACCAUCGACGCCUACUGCUCACAGAAGGAGUGGGCCAUGAAUGUGGGCGACAAGAAAGGCCAGAUUGUGGACACAGUGGUUCGGGAGGAGUGCCCCUCUGUGCUGCUGGAGCUGGGCGCUUACUGCGGCUACUCGGCCGUGCGGAUGGCCCGCCUGCUGCCGCCCAGUGCCCGCCUGCUCACUAUCGAGGUCAACCCUGACUAUGCCGCCAUCACCCGGCAGAUGCUGGACUUUGCAGGCCUGCAGGACAAGGUAACCGUUAUCAUUGGGGCAUCCCAGGACAUCAUCCCCCAGCUGAAGAAGAAAUAUGAUGUGGAUACGCUGGACAUGGUCUUCCUUGACCACUGGAAGGAACGGUACCUGCCAGACACACUCCUCCUGGAGGAGUGUGGUCUGUUACGGAAGGGGACGGUGUUGCUGGCCGACAACGUCAUCUUCCCAGGAGCACCCGAUUUCCUGGCACACGUGCGCGGGAGCAGCCGCUUUGAAUGCACACACUUCCCCUCCUACCUGGAGUACUCAGAGAUGGUGGAUGGCCUGGAGAAGGCCGUCUACCUAGGCGCAGGCAGCCCGGCACAGCCUUGACCUGCUCUGGGUCUCUCACCAAACCUGGUUAUGAAAGGCAUGAGGGAUGUGCUUCUGCCAAUCCCACUUCUGCAAUGCUGGGGUCUGUCUUCAAUGCAGCACACUUGAGACCUGCAAGGCCAAGGCCCACCUACACUGGCCCCUCUACACGUGGCUCCAAGCUAUCACACACUAAUCCACCCCAAGGGCAACUGGCUCACGGUGCAGAAUCACUGCAAUAAAUCUGGAAAGUAUUAGUUUGGUGCAAAAGUAAUUGCGGUUUAAAAGGUUAAAAAUAACUGCAAAAACCGCAGUUACUUUUGCACCAACCUAAUAUCUUAAAAAAGCCAAUCAGGGCAGGUGGUGGAAGUUGGGAAUAUCUGGAAACUGCUGAGCUGUGCGCACAGUCUGUCCUUGAGGUUUGCUGUCACCAGGUGGCAGCAGUGCCUCAGUGAUGGCCCUGACCACCACCAACACACACUUUUAAACCCUCUGGGUUCUUUCAUCUCCUUUUUAAGAAUAAAUGCAACUUCACUAAAAUCAGCUGAUUGUUAAUCUUAUAGACCAAUAUCAUAAUUAAAAGACACUAAAAUAGUAA